CCCCCCCACGCUCACUCAGUUUUGCCCCCCUCCCUUCCCCGCCCCCGGUCUGGUGUAGAUCAUGCCGCCAGUGGCGGCCCUGACUGCCGAGGAAACGGUAGCCUAGGACAGUUGGCUAAGUGACACUGAUUCUCCCCGCCCCGCCAGACGCUUGAAACAGAGGCACGUCUCCCGCCGCUUGAGGGGGUGGGGAAAUAGUGAAUUCGGAUCCACCUGGGAGGGGGGAGUGGAAGUUCCCGCCCCGGACAGCGGCAAGGCGGCAGCCACAGUUGAUUAUGGAAGAUUCCCACAAGAGUAACACUUCAGAGACAGCACCCCAACCUGGUUCAACAGUUCAGGGAGCUCAUAUUUCUCAUAUUGCUCAACAGACUAAUUUUGUUGCUGCAUAAGAAAAAUGAAAAAUUAUUUGGCUCGUUAAGCUAACCUGAAACAAACUAAUAGUUUCAAGAGACCCACAGUCUGCACCGUAUCACAAGGAUGGCUGGAAACCCUGGAGGAAUGAUUGCUUUCAUCCUUUUAGAACUGUAAAUUAAUCCCAUCGAGGCUCUCCUCAUUAACUGAGUGAUUGGCUUAAGUUGGGGUCCGAAAGAUGUCAUUAAGAGGAUCUGCGCCAGUGACAAUUGUACCUCUUCCUGGAGACAAAGUACAGGUUCAGGGGGUCAUCCAGACAGCUCAGUCUUCUGUAAUUCACCCACCACACGUGCAAACGGUAUCAUCUUUAUCAGAAAGUGAGGAAUCUCAGGAUUCAUCGGAUAGUAUAGGCUCCUCGCAGAAGGCCCACGGCAUCCUAGCGCGGCGCCCGUCUUACAGAAAAAUUUUGAAAGACCUAUCUUCUGAAGAUACACGGGGCAGAAAAGGAGACGGAGAAAAUCCUGGAGUUUCUGCUGUCACUUCUAUGUCUGUUCCAACUCCCAUCUAUCAGACUAGCACCGGACAGUACAUUGCCAUUGCCCCAAAUGGAGCCUUACAGCUGGCCAGUCCAGGCACAGAUGGAGUACAGGGACUUCAGACAUUAACCAUGACAAAUUCGGGCAGUACUCAACAAGGUACAACAAUUCUCCAGUAUGCACAGACUUCUGAUGGGCAGCAAAUACUCGUGCCCAGCAACCAGGUGGUUGUCCAAACUGCAUCAGGAGAUAUGCAGACAUAUCAGAUCCGUACCACGCCUUCAGCUACUUCGCUGCCACAAACUGUGGUGAUGACCUCUCCUGUGACUCUUACAUCUCAGACAACAAAGACAGACGACCCCCAAUUGAAAAGAGAAAUAAGGUUGAUGAAAAACAGAGAAGCUGCUCGAGAAUGUCGCAGAAAGAAGAAAGAAUAUGUGAAAUGCCUCGAAAAUCGAGUUGCAGUCCUGGAAAAUCAAAAUAAAACUCUAAUAGAAGAGUUAAAAACUUUGAAGGAUCUUUAUUCCCAUAAAAGUGUUUGAUUCUUAAAGAAGAUACUUUGUGGACUUGUCUAAAAAUUAGAUGGAUUUUUUCCUUUUAGUGGAGUUUUAUAAAUUAAAAGGUCAAAAAUGAAGCUUUUAUUUAGGCUUUUGCAACUCAAAGAUAAAUACGUUAUGCAAGAGAUCUGUUGACAGAGGAUAAAGUGGGAAAUGACCUCAAAGAAGUUACUGGCACAACUGGAAGCUUUAAAAAUUAAACAUACUCAAGAAGCAGGAAAUGAACUUUCAUCAGUUUGAAUUUUCUAAAUAACAAUCAUUGUCAAUAAUCUAAAAAUCAUAGAUAAAAUUGAUAAAUUGGUAAAUUGAAUUUUUAAAAAUAAAUCAAUUUACCCUAUAGGUUUGCAUUUCUUACUAUUUCCUAAAACUUUUUUCAGUUAUGUGUGUGUGUGUAUUUUAUUUCUGCCAAUAAAGUCUAAAUUACAAAUAUAAGAGCUAAUACAUAACUAAAUAUAUAAAUUAUGUGUCUGAUUACAUAUACUUGUCCUAUUGUCAAGUUUUUUAAAUAAGUUUUUAAGUGUUUAUUGGACUCCAGAGUUUUUUGAGAGUGGGUUAAACUAUUUUUGAGGCCUUGUCCUAAAAGGCAUCUAAGGUACAUGAAUAGAGUGUGGUGAUUUUGUAACAUUUUUUAAUCAGAAUGGAAAGAGAACUGUUUAAAAGUUUGAUACUUUUAAAUAGUUUGGUUUUUGGUUAUUCUGGGAAUGGUGAUUUUCUACAAAGAUAUAAUUGUUUUUUGAUUCUAUAUCUUGUAUGCAGUUGAAUAUACAUUACUUAUUCUGUUGUGCUUUAAUAGAAUGGAAUGUUUACAGGCCCUUGAGGUGAUAUUAGAGUAUUUUUUUAAAACCUUCUGAAGAUGCAUACCAAAGUUUUCCAAGAGGAUUUUAUAAUCGAUUUAAUGUAAGGUUUAUCAGAUUCUAAAGUAGUACAGUUAUUAAAGCCAUUUUAUGUUAGAGACUAUUUUGUCAUGUAGUGAAUGGUACAUUUAUAAAAGUGACUGCCAAUAUAUUUUUAUAGCUAAUCUUUAUAAAUUCUAAAGUUGAGUUUUUAAUGAUUAUUUUAAAUGUUUAUAUAGUUUAGUAAAAAAAAAUAUUUUGCAUCUCAAAAUAUCAUUUUUAUAUUAUGGGAAGGAAAGUUUCCAGAUUGGCUAAUAUUUCAAUUCUCAGUUUUGUAUGCAGUUUAUCCAGAGUUAAAAAAUGCUGUCAGUACACCUGUGUUUAACCUCUGUAUUCCAAUUAGUGUACACUUUGAAAUUGUACUGCAAAGCUGUUGUGUGCUUCUUACACAAUAUGUAUCAUAUUGUCUACGAAAUUAAAGGACAUUUGAUAACAUUAAGUUUGCUGAAUGUAAAAUGUAUUGCUUGAUACAUAAAUGACAAGCUUCCUGAUAGCCAUUCUGUUAAUUAUAUUAAGUAUAAUGCGUUUCUAGCUUUAAAAUGAUAAAUUUACAAUUCUGGUCUACAGUCUAUUUUAAGAGGGGAUAUGCUUGUUAUGUUUUGACUCGGAACCAAUUAUAAUAAACUAAAGGUAGCGAAA